AUCAUUUAAAACAACCCCAAACCAUUUUAUUUUGUACAUUAGCCAUAUUACUUAGUUUUACAAUGCCUUAAGUAGAAGUCUCAAGUGGCUUCCAGAUAUUAUUGUUGUUGAGAAAAAGAUUACCAAAAACCUAAAACAAAACAGAAAAAUGCAUCCUCAAUUUCAGGUAUCCACAAUUUAGUGUGAGAAGUGUGACAGUGAAAGUGACUAGUUCACAGUGAUGCCUUGUAUUUGGCUAUACGGCAGACUAAAUUAAAAUAGUAUUUGUAGCAUUUACAUUUACAUGCACUUCCAAACAUUUUGAAAAAUAAACAAACAAACAAAAAAACAAAACCAAACAAUCCACACCCCCCCCCAAAAAAAAAGCUUCACAUCUGAUAAGCCAAAGUGUCAGAAAAAAUAAUUUCAAGAAAACAGAAUGCAGAGCUAUAUAUGACAUUAUGGUUUCUCAGACAAAGCUAAUCCUACUAAGACUCCUGAAGUCUUCUGGUUUAGUUGAUAGGAAUCCGAGUUUGAAAUCUGUGAUAGGUCAUUGAGCAGUCGGUUCUUCCAGACACACAUGCAUCCAGCAAAAAGGCACUGUAAAUGAGAAGUUUAACUUUUGAAAUGUCCUAUUCACUUUCCACUAUACAGUAAUAAUUUGGAAAAAAUAAUUAGCAUAAAAAAAAAAAAGUAUAAAAAGUAUAAAGUAUUUUUCACUUAGGUUCCUGCCUGGAAUGCUCAACUGGGUUUGCUUGUCAGAAAUUUCCAGCUGGGCUUAAAACUCCCUUUUUCUUGCACUUCCACCCCCAAAGCAGCUAAAGGUGUUGCAGAGCUAAUACCAAAACCUCAACACUAGUGCUGGGCCACCCACCCAAUGCCAGCCUGACUCCACUGAGUAUAACAUGGCAAAAAAUACUCUCCCACUCGCUUCCUAACUUCAGCAUCAAACACUAAAAUCAGAUCUAGAGCUUCUUCCCCUCUCCUGCACAGCCACAGGAGCUAUUCCACUGGAAGAACGCAGUUGCACCCAUAGGACCAAGAGAGGCAGUUCCGAGCUGGUGCUACCCUCGGGAGAGGCAGCCACUGGGGCGUGCAGAGACACCUCUGGUCAUCCACCCGAGCACAGGACCAGCCACCACCCUUUCCCCGCGCUGCGAGGACGAGGGGGGGCCCCGGGAGCGCCACCCGAGCGACACAAACAGACUCCGCUGCCCUAAAGCAGAAGAACACCCCCCCCCCCCCCCGCCCAACGCCUUCCGGCUGCCGCCGCGGGGCCCGGAACCGGCGCUCCCUGAAGUCUCGCGUGAAGUAGUGGUGCCGCUGCCAUGGAGGAGCCUCUCAGCAGCCCGCCAGGGCUGUCUGCCGUCCUAGCAAGGACGGACUGGUCCGAGCCCUGGCUGGUGGGUCUGGCGGUUUUCCACGUCCUCUGCUUCCUGCUGACUUGCGCCUCUUUCCAGCACUACCGGGUGCAAGUAGGGCACUUCCUCUGCAUGGUGGGCUUAGUGUACUGCGCUGAAUAUAUAAAUGAAUUGGCAGCCAUGAAUUGGAGGCUGUUUUCUAAAUACCAAUACUUUGAUUCAAGAGGAAUGUUUAUUUCACUUGUAUUUUCAGCACCACUGCUGGUGAAUACUGUUAUAAUUGUGGUCACCUGGGUUUACAAAACUUUGAAUGUAAUGACUGAACUGAAGACCCUACAACAGAAAGUGAAAGCAGAAAAAGAGAAAAAGAAGUGAAAGCAUGUAAAACUAUUUUAAUUGUAAUACUACUUGUCUAGGUAAUCAGUCCUUCUGUAUGUUUGUCUAGAAACAGCAGUGGUUUUGUGUCUGAUGUCAAGAAGACUUUGCAGCCUUGGCAGUGGACAAUGAGGUGAAAUCGGGCAUCUACCACACACAUUUGAAUUAGCUGUGAAAUGGAGAAACCCAGUUUUAGCAGGUCUUUGUGGCCUUCAAUGUAAGAUAGUUUUCCACCAUGACCAAGGCUAUUAGCAAUUGUGAGACACAAUCUUCCAGUCUGUUUCCGUUUGCCUAUGUAUUCUUAAACUACGUCUUAACUGUGUGGUUAUCCAAGUAUCCAGUCUGCUGCUGCUUAAGCCAAUUGGAGCAGUGUUGUGAAUUCCAGUAAAUGAGGGACUGUAUUCAGAAUACCUCAGGAAUCCAUGCUUCUGUGAAGCAUUUAACUUCUUUAUAAAUCAAGUUUCAUACCAUGUAUUGAGUGCAAGUAGCAUUUUAUAAAUAAAAUUAGCCACUGUAACCUAAA